ACCGAUCGUGUGUAUGUGCACUUGUGGCAAGGGGGCGGCGGGGGUGGCGUGUGUAAAAUCCAGUGUCCGGGGUUGGCGGAGGGCGCAGGUGGAUUGAAAAGAACGAAAGUUUGGCGCCAGUUUGGUCAGCCCCCGCAAAUGUGGCUCUGUGUACGUUGAACAGGGGGUACACGGGCGGCCGUGCAGCUGCCCGUGGUGGGGGUGGAAGGGGCCGUAGGGGGGAGGCGAGCGUCAGACUGCCGCUGAGUCCCCGGACGUUGUGCGCUCCCGGCGCCGCGGCGGGGCCUCAUGCCCAGGCCCAUCAGGCCCUCACCGGGCCCCCGGUGGUGGGGGGCGACGACGGGCCCGGACCCGAAGAGGCGAUGGUCCACGUCGAGCGGCCCGCUCAGCCUGGCACGUGGGUCUGCUGCGUUCCCUGCUACUGGCUGCGCCGCAGCAAGGCCGUCCAUAAGGCCCUGCUCACCCUCGCCAUGCUACUCGUCACAAGCCUGCUCGUCACCAGCCCCGUGCUGUUCCUCAUCACCACUUUGCCCGAGGCGGAACAACCCAGGGAAUGCAGCCCCCAGGACGAGGUUUGCUUGAGGGAUCGGGAAGGUCAGGAGGGUGUCUGCGAGUCGAGCGCCUGCGAGGAGGCCUCUAAACGCAUGCUGGCAUCCGUCAAGAGGGGCGUCGAUCCCUGUCGUGAUUUUUACCAGUUUGCAUGCGGUGGGUUUAGCCGGAAUAAUCGGGACAACGGCCAGACCAUGGCCAGCUUCAACACCCUCCAGUCCCACGUCGACAACCAAAUUAAAGAUAUUCUAGCCAACACUAGCGGCCGGAUGACUGGAGCUUUCUACAAAUUGGGAGAGUUUUACAAAAGCUGCGUCGACUUCAAGAAACGUCCGGCAAACUUCACACCGAUGUAUGAACUCCUCGACGAACUCGGGGGUUACAUUCCACCCCGUAGAAUGGCACCCUCCGACAUCACACCUCUGGUCGCAUCCCUCCUGAGGGUCAACGGGGCGCCCUUGUUCGAUGUUUACGUAGACGUUGAGCCUUACGAUCACACAAGACGCGCCGUGUUUCUCGAUCUCCCGACAAAAUCCGAGGUGAACACCUUCUACGAACGGCAGAAGUGGCUACAGGACAGCUUCUUACCGAGCGACGAGCUGAAAAUGCAAGGUGAAAACGGCGUCGAGAGUAAGGCCUACACGUUUAUAAAGCUUAGAGUCGAGGAACAGAGGCUACUUCAGAUGGAGAAGAUACUUCACGGAUUUUUACCAAAAAACAUGGGAGCCAAGGAAAGGGAGAAUGAAACGAACCAAAUUCUUCUGUUUUGUUCCAUGCUGAACAAGAUUUAUCCGCGACACAAGGACCUCUACAACUGGAUGGACCAGAGGGGAUUCCUGGCGUUAAAUCUAACCUCAUUGCAGGAGAAUUUUGGUUAUAUAAGGUGGGGGACGCUGUUCGGUGAAGUACUAGGCGCUGAUCGCAAUCACGAUCAAGAACUUCUCGGAGGCGAGGACCAGGUGAUUUACGUCUACGUCACAGCGCCUCACUACUUCCGGAGUCUUGGAAAAUUGCUGAACCGUUUUUCUCGCAGGAUCAUCCACAACGGCCUGCUGCUUCUCUACGCCCGAGACACGCUUCACGACGUGGUUAACGUCAGCGCUAGCAAGAACUGGAACGCUUCAUGCAGCAAGUUGUCAACAGCGGUGUUCAGCUCGGCAGUAGGAGCGCUUUACGUUCAGCAAUACAGCCAGCAGCAGCUAAACUCAGUAGCCGACAAGGUGACGCGUCUAUUUGAUCGCAUAAAGAGCACCCUUGCUGAACGGAUGCUGGUCAUGUCCUGGCUUGACGAGGAGACGCGAACUCAGGCGCUCCUUAAGCUCCGUGCUUUGGAAGGGAAGUUUCACGUUUGGCCAGGCUUUCAGAACAACACGAGAAUCGCUAUGGAAAUGACGGAGGUUGUCGUCGACCCUCACGACUUCUUCUCAAACGUUGUGAAACGAUUUAAGCAGAUCAGAGCCGUCAAGGGAGACGCGCUUCGUGGCAACAUCACGUCUAAAUGGCCUCAUCCAUUCGUCGUCAAUGCCUACUACGAUUCGACUGUGAACGCGAUCGUCAUACCAACGGCGAUGUUGACCGCUUGGCCAUGGGACGUUGGUCCGAGUUACAUGGCCCACGCGACGCUGGGCGUCGUCAUUGGCCACGAGGUCUUGCACGCCUUCGACGUUCAUCAUCGCGGUCACCAACCCGAAGAGUGGCUUUGGCUGACAACGGAGUCGCGACGUCGUUUGGAGGCGCGGAUAGAAUGCGUCGCCAAACUUUACGCCAGAAGUUUUUGGAAGAAAGUUCAAUUUCUCGGGAACAGCGUCGACGUCCAGUUCGACUGGAACGUCACCCGGAAUGAAAACAUGGCCGACAUUGGUGCCUUGCAAAUAUCAUACCAGGCCUGGCAGACCCUGACGAACGGCAAGGACCGAACCCUUCCUGGUCUCCAGGCCCUCAGACCAAGCCAAUUGUUCUUCAUAGCCGCGGCACAGCCGUACUGCUCAAACGUCACAGCCGAGGAUUACAUAAUGUCCGUUGAAUUGGACGACCACACGCCUCAUCCUGAGAGAGUAAACGGCAUUGUGAUGAACUCUCAGGCGUUCGCCGAGGCAUUUCGAUGUCCUGCAGGAUCUAAAAUGAAUCCUCAACGAAAAUGCAGCACCUGGUGACCUCCGGAGUUGGAUGGCUACAUACACACUAAGUCUUGUGGG